GUCGGAUCAGGCUUUUGUGUCAAAAUCCCACCUUAAAUUAUGAAGAAAAAAAGUAGAUUUUCUGCUAAUUGAGAAUCGCCCGCGGUAAUAAUUUGUACGCCGUGGUUGUGUCUCAGCUCAGGAGCAUUUCUAUUCACAGAUGCGUACCCGUGCAAUUUCGAAACUCAAGACGUGAAAUCAAGCGAAAGUAGUUCCCUGCCUGUCGAGUGGGAAAGUAAUUCUCGGUAUCCACGAAUUAAUUAGGAUUGAGGUGGUCCAUAAACAAUCGUAGUUGAUGCAGUGAUUGAGUCCCACUGUGUAGGUGAAACAUUAUCCUAUAAACUCGUUCGAUUAUUGCGAACAUGUCAACUACAAAGGAUUUCGGGAUAUUUUUUUCUCUUGACGAGCAGCAUCACGGAAGGUUGAUGCAGGUGAUAUGCAUCGGGUGACGGGGGUUUCUAUGGUCGACCCGAAAAACUGUGUUCUAGAUAUUGAUACAUGUAACAUUACAAAUAAAUGGACUUUCGUCGUUUGUUGAAAACUAAGGAAGUAUUUUAUAUGUCAUAUGUGAUUAAGACUUUGGCAAAUCAUUUGCGAAAUCUAGACCGUCCAUCUGCGCAAGGUCCACGAGAUCAUGAAGUCGUGAAUCAAACGUGGGACGUGGGACGUGGGAGGCACGUAGACGUAGGUGAGGAAACGAGCAAUGCAAGACGGUUCUUCAGUUAUAGCGGUUGGACCCGACACGGCGAAUCUCCCGCGAAAUAAAACAGAAGAAAGCUUCCUUGUUCUUGUUCUCUGUUCAUCUAGAUCAUAACCCAGUUUCUCUUCUGCCUCCAAGAACUCUCUCUCUCUCUCCCUCUCUCAUGCAUGGUCGUUUUCGAACGGAAUCUGCACAUCAAGUCUUUUGACAGGACUUUUCCUUGACAUUGAGUAAGUCAAAUUUUCAGAUUGAUGCGAGUACCGCUGUAAAAUCGUUGAGUUAGAGCAAUUUGUUUGAGAUGGGCUGUUGAGAAUAUUGUCAAGGCUUGAAUCAUGUGGUGCUGCCGAGGCGUGGAAGAGGAAAGCUAUCGGCCUCCUGCUCAACAGUAUACUGCCCCGCCUAGAGGAGGCAAUCCCUAUGGUGGCGAGAGAGGGGAGACAAGGAGCUCCAAUGUCGUCAGAAGUGGAGCUACGCAAAAGGUUUUGCCCAUUGAAAUACCGGCUUUGCCAUUAAACGAACUGAAUAGGUUGACAGGGAACUUCGGUUCAAAAGCGUUGAUUGGGGAAGGUUCUUAUGGCCGCGUGUUCUACGCGAGGUUAAGUACUGGCCAGGAAGCAGCAGUAAAGAAAUUAGAUACCAGUGCUUCACAAGAACCCGACUCGGAUUUUGCAGCGCAGCUGUCGACUGUUUCGAGGCUCAAGAAUGAACAUUUCGUGGAGCUGAUUGGAUACUGCUUGGAGGCUAAUAACAGAAUCUUGGUGCAUGAGUUUGCUACCAUGGGUUCUCUACAUGAUGUCUUACAUGGAAGGAAGGGUGUGCAGGGUGCUGAGCCCGGUCCUGUUCUUACUUGGAAUCAGAGAGUCAAAAUUGCUUAUGGUGCAGCAAAAGGCCUUGAGUAUUUGCAUGAAAAGGUUCAACCUUCUAUUGUUCAUAGGGAUGUCAGAUCCAGCAACGUCCUGCUAUUCGACAAUUUUGUCACCAAGAUUGCCGACUUUAACUUGUCAAAUCAGUCUUCAGACACGGCUGCUCGACUGCAUUCGACUAGAGUCUUGGGAACCUUUGGAUACCAUGCUCCAGAAUAUGCAAUGACGGGGCAGAUAACUCAGAAAAGUGAUGUUUACAGUUUUGGGGUUGUUCUACUAGAGCUUUUGACAGGAAGAAAGCCUGUAGACCAUACAAUGCCCAAAGGACAGCAGAGUCUUGUAACUUGGGCUACGCCAAGACUGAGUGAAGACAAAGUGAAACAAUGCGUUGACCCAAAGCUUAAUGAUGACUACCCACCUAAGGCAAUCGCAAAGCUAGCUGCAGUUGCAGCACUGUGUGUGCAGUAUGAGGCAGAUUUCCGGCCGAACAUGACAAUCGUUGUCAAGGCACUGCAGCCGCUGCUUCAUUCUAAACCAGCAGGCCCGGACUCUCAUUUGUAGAAUUUUAAGUCGAAAAUUGCGAUUUGGAAUCUCUCUCUCUCAGUUUUUUUUUUCAACUGUCCUUAGUUCCUUUUGAUAGACUCAUCUUCCACAUUUGAAGUUACUGAGUAUCUAAGAUAAGUAAUUCACAUUCCUGAGUACUACUCUAGGAGUUCAUGGUGGUAGAAGUAAUGAGAUUUGUCUUGUAAAGUUACUUCACCUCACUGUUUUUCCUGGAAAGCUGCUAUGUAGAAGCUAAUCAUUCAUCAUCUAAAGUUAUGUUUGAGGAGAAACCCUGAGGAAUUAUUUUCUGACUUAAUUUCUGUCUCCGAAAAUGACUUUGAUCUAAACAUUGAUACAGUGGAUAAUAAUGGAGAAUGAGGUUUCCUCCAUGGAUCCUCCUGCUAGUUAAGCUCCAG